AUGGUGCUUGCUACGACGAGACAGUACCGAGGGGUUCCAGAAAAAAGACUCAAGACGGCAGCUGCAGAGGGAAACCUGGAAGGAGUCAGGAGAGCAGUGGCAGAGGGGGCAUCUAGUCAGAAUGCCUUUCGAGAUAAGUCACAGAAGACUGCACUCCACGAAGCAGCAAAGGCGGGCUCGGUUGAGGUGUUGCGGUGCCUCCUAGAGCUGGGCUUUGAUCUCAAUGCAGCAGACAAGUAUGGCAUCACGCCAUUAGAUGAGGCAGAGUACUGGCAGGUGGAGAUGCGCCUUCGGGGGAUGGAAUGGCAGCCAUGGCUGCAGUGCCGAAACUUGCUGGGUGCUCAUGGGGCGCAGCGUGGCAUGACGAAUGAUGUGCAAAGUCAACGUCAGAAGAAGGAGAGACAGCUGCUCGUUGCUUCGCCAGCGGAGCAGCCUCCUUGGAAUCUCCCAUUCGGGGAGCCUCCGAUGAUGUUGCCUGUGGGUGCCACCGACGAUGACCCGCCACCACUUCCUUCGGAAAGCAGAAGGCAAGUCACCUUUGGAACUGUUGAAUCCGCGUUGGCGCAAUAUCCUUACGUGCAGAUCGCGGACCUUCGAACUGAGUCCGAGUCCAGUUCGACAAUCUUUUUUGAGCAAGACACUGACAGCUUGAGUGAUGGGUCAGCCACUCUGCAGCCUCAGUCGAUGAUGUGGACUCAAUUCCAGGCCUCUCAUCGAACGCACAUUUCGGCGCAUUCGUCAGCCUUGCACAAAGCGUUAGUGCUGACUCCACAGGUAGAUGGCAUCAACGACCUGUACCAGGGCGAAGUUGUAGACGUUGAGCGCAAGUUCCAGAAUGCCAUCGGAAUUGAUGAGAAGAAGCGCCUUGUCAGGCAGCUCAAGCCCUUUCAGCUUCUUUUUGGAACUUCUGCCGUUGAGUCCAGUGCGACUGUGGUGUACCUGGCUUUGUCAAACCCUGGAUAUUUGCCGAUCAGGUUCUCAUUCCAAACGCCCGAGAAUCUGAAUUUGGAGAAUGUGCCAUACUGGUGUGAUGAGAAGGCAUUGGUUGAUGAGCGUGAAGCACAUUUUACUUGGGUGGAGGAGCAUGGUGUUUAUGACAUCCAACCCAGAACGGGCGCAAUUGCCCCUGGAGACUUCUUGCAUGUCAAGUUGACCUAUCACCACCACAGUAUUGGCACGCAUAUCCUACCUGUGGUCUUCAAUGUGCACGAUGGCCGCUCUGUGCUGUUCUACCUCAAGGGACACAGCGUGGAUGGACGACCUUCUGAAGAGCUCUGCUUUGAUAUCCAGGCUGAUGGCUACAUGCCAGGCGACUCUCCUCCGGAGGUGGAAGCUCAGUUUCCAGCAAACCUUCCGAUUCAGACUUAUGCGCCAGUACCGGGAUAUGGAGCGGCUUUAUCGAUCGAGAUCCUUGACUUCAAAGCAGUGCCACUUCGAGCUCGUCACUCUGAGAUGCUUGUGCUGGUGAACUACACCUCCGACUUUGUCCUCAGCUUUAGGUGGGAUGCACGGAAGCUCUUCCGCUUCGACCACGAGUUGGAGAUCGAGCCCAGCGUCGGAGAGCUGCGAAGCAAGGGCCAGAAUGCUCCGGUGGUGGCACUUAGCCAGGUCCACAUUUCGGUGGCCAACCGGUUGACGGUGUCAAGGUUCCGCAAUCUCAUGUCCACAGCAGCUGGCCAGAAGUUUUUGAAUGAGAACCUGCACCGAACCUCGGUCCUUUCGCCAGAAGCUCGGUCCGGGCUGCUGGAAGUUGCACAGCUUGGUGCAGCCUUGCAGCAUUGGGGCUGCAUGGCGAGACGCUUUCAAAGUCAAGAUUGCAGCCUGACGGAGUGCCCCAUUGACGGAGGCCAUGCAAACCUCGACAAUGGGUCUCCGGCACCGGAGGAAGAGGACGUGGUGGAGCCACCAGGUCAACCAGAGGAUGAGACAGGCAAUUCCAAGCUUGUUGGUAACGUCUUGGAGCAUCUGAUGCGGGAGGUGAUUGCAGAAGAAGAGUUCGGUAGCAUCCUUGACCGGAUGCUCUCCCAGGACGUUCCGUUCUUCCUCCAGUACGAAGGAAGCGAUCCUCCAGCAUUGCCCCCUCCGGAUCAUCCUGCAGCUCCGGAGCCAGCUCUGCGGCCCCGAAUCCUGGAGGAGUGCAUUGGAUGGUUCGAAUGA